AUGGUCAGCUGGCAUAAUGGCACGGUGCCCACCCACCAGGAGGAGGAAGAGAGGGCGGACGAGUACCAGAAGUCUGAGUGUGUACUCGGAUACAUCCCCGUCAUCUACUACAGCACCCUCCUGUGUGUGGGAGUUCCAGUGAACAUCCUGACGCUGGUAGCCCUGUCCCGAUUGGCCGCCCGCACCCAGAAGGCCCUGUACGUCUACCUGCUGGCCUUGACCGGCUCAGACAUCCUCAGCCAGCUCUUCAUCAUCUUUGUGGGCUUCCUGCUGGAGACGGCGGUGUUCCACCGGGACGUUCCCGUGGUGCUGCUGCGUUCUGUCAGCGCCCUGGAGUUUGCCGCCAACCACGCGUCCAUCUGGGCCACCAUUCCACUGACGGUUGACCGGUACGUCGCCCUGUGCCAUCCGUUGCUCCAUCGGCAGAUCAGUUACCCGGCCCGGGCGCGCCGCAUUAUUAGCGUCGUCCUGACACUGGCGCUGGCGUCGGGCGUACCCUUCUUCUGGUGGUCAGAUGUGUGGAGGGUCAGCAGGCCACCGGAUUCCCUUGACUCUGCCCUCAUCUGGACCCACGUGACCAUUAUCUACUUCUUGCCAUGCAGUGUGUUCCUGGUGCUAAACUCGCUAAUUUUCCUGCGGCUCCAGAGGCGCCAGCGCGAGCAGCGGUGCCAGGAGGAGAGCCGGCAGCAGCGGACAGUGGCGGGAAGGCUGGGCAAAACCACAGCCAUGCUGUUGGCCGUCACCUCGGUGUUCACAGUGCUUUGGGCACCACGGACGGCCGUGGUCCUGUACCAUCUUUACGUGUCGUCGGUCCACAGGGACUGGCGGGUGCACUUAGCGUACGACCUGGCGAACAUGCUAGCCAUGCUGAACACCGCCGUGAACUUCUUUCUCUACUGUUUUGUCAGUAAGCCCUUCAGAGGGGCGGUGAGGGACGUGCUGCUGCUGAGGGGGGCACCGCUGCACCCACCACGGUCCUUUAACCACCGCCACGCCUCCACCAACAUCUCCAACUCAUCCCUGUCCAGCGGCACCAAGCGCUCCCACAGAGAUGCCACCCCGCUAUCAGCUCUUAGUGCAGAUAUCAUUGCGUAGCGACACCAGAAUUGGAACUAUGGACCGUUUUUCUACCUCGCAUCUGACUUACUGAGGGAUUGGAACUGCAGUGAGACUGUUUCUUGGCCCAAAUGAAGUUCCAGACUCAGAUCUAAAACUUGGUUUACUGAACAUGAGAUCUCUCAAUUUAAAAUCAAAGUCAUAGGGAAUGAAAUUAUAGGCGAA